CAUUCGGGUACUUGUCUUGGCGAGAGGCACUGGCGCGUUGCUUUGCUCUCUGGUCGGAUUGUGCUGCAGCUGCCUUCGCGAACCUGACGACGGAAUCUUUUGUCAACUUUUGCGACUUGUUCCCAUCUCUCGAACAACUUUACAACCACCUGAACAAUUUCCCUUCCUAUUCUAUCUUUGAUAUCCGGCGAAGGCCUUGAUCGACCGCGCGAUAGUCUCGACACAAACAGCGAAUUGUUUUUUUUUUCCGGCGUAGCCACGCCCGCGACCAAAAAUGGCAGGCCUUUUCUCAUCUGGCACGUCGUCUGCGUCGGCGAGUAACACCCUUGGAGACUUGAAGAACGACGUCGCGCUCGCCAAUGGCCCAGAAGAUAGCAUCUCCGACAUCGUUUUCAACCCCAACCCGGCCGAUACCAAAGAUCUGUUGGCGGUAGCCAGUUGGGACAAGAAGGUCCGGAUCUACGAGAUCAUGAGCAAUGGUCAAGGGGAGGGAAGAGUCGCGUACGACCACGAUGGACCGGUGUUCUCGGUGGACUUUUUCAAGGAUGGCACAAAAGUAAUCUCUGGAGGCGCCGACAAACAGGGCAAGGUGGUGGACCUUGCAACCAGUCAAACCAUGCAGUUUGCGCAACAUGACCAGCCCGUUCGCGCCGUUCGCUACUUCGAAAACAGCGGCACCCCCAUGGCCGUGACAGGCUCCUGGGACAAGACCAUCAAGUACUGGGACUUCCGGCAACAGACACCAGUCGGGACCGUAACGUGCCAGGAACGUGUGUACACCAUGGACGUACGAAACGACCUCCUGGUGAUAGGGACAGCCGAGAGAUACAUCAACGUCAUCAACCUGAAGGAUCCAACCAAGUUCUACAAGACGAUCACGAGUCCGCUUAAGUGGCAAACGAGGGUGGUGAGCUGCUUUACCGACUCGAUGGGCUUCGCCAUUGGUAGUAUUGAAGGUCGCUGCGCCAUUCAAUACGUCGAAGACAAGGAUGCUAGCCUCAACUUCUCGUUCAAGUGCCACCGUGAUCCCCCACAGGGCAACGUCACCAACGUGUAUGCUGUCAACGAUAUCUCUUUCCAUCCCGUCCACGGCACUUUCAGCACCGCGGGCAGCGAUGGCACAUUCCACUUCUGGGAUAAGGACGCCAAGCAUAGGCUGAAAGGGUACCCCAAUGUCGGUGGUAGCAUUGCUGCCACGACGUUCAACAAGACCGGCAGCAUAUUUGCGUACGCCAUCAGCUACGAUUGGGCCAAGGGCUACCAGGGCAACACAGCUGGGUACCCUAACAAGGUCAUGCUGCACCCGGUGCAGCCGGACGAAUGCAAGCCCAGACCCAGCGUUAAGAAGAGGUAGAGUCGUCCUUGGCUGCCAGGGCUGGGGAGUAAAGGGAUCGGGGCGAGAUUUGGUCUGGGUUUUUGUGGUAAUAGGGUGGAAGAUGCUGCUGAAACUAGGUACGUAUGCAGCUAAUUGGGACA